UGAUCCUCAUCUUAUAGCAAACAAUCCAUACAAUCUUAUCAUCCUUUUAUUUAGCUUUUGAAAUGCAUCUGUAUUUUUUUCCUGUGCUUAACACGAUCAAACGCACCAACGGCUCAAUAUCUAGUGGGGCUAAAUGUUAGCUCGGCUAGUUGCGUCAACAGUGUACAUUGAACUCUCCAACCAAGCCAGAGAUGCACUUCACGUAACGUUUGGUGUUUCCAGAACACACCGCACAAGUUUGCCUUUUGCAUUUCAAGACAAAUGCUUGAGAAUGAUGGCUCAAGGUGUGAUGGACGGUGCGGUUACACUUGUCAUCAGGGCGCCUAACCAGAAAUAUGAUGACCAGACUAUUAAUUGCUGCCAGAACUGGACUGUGGAGAAACUCAAAGCCCAUUUGGCAGAUGUCUACCCCAGCAAACCGAGCUCCAAAGACCAGAGACUGGUGUAUUCUGGCAAGCUGCUUUUGGAUCACGUGACUUUAAAAGAUGUGCUCCGAAAGCAAGACGAGUAUCAUAUGCUUCAUCUGGUGUGCCCCUCACCCACGCCCCCCAGCUCCCCGAACCCCACCCGCAGGCCUCGAGAGAGCGCGGCCGAAUCCUCGGUCACUCAAACUGCUAGUCCUUCCUUCCCCGAUCAACGCAGCCAAUCAGAGGAGAGCGGUGACGGACUCCGACAACGAGGCGUACAGUUCUCUUACGAGCAGUUGCAUCAGCAAUUCAUGAACAGCUGGAGUCAUUUCUCUGCAAUGUCCACCCCUCCCACAAACGUGACCCCCUAUUACAACCCCAUGACGCUCUUGUGGUGGCAGCAGUUGUAUGCUCGCCAAUUUUACAUGCACUAUAAUUUACUGGCAGCCACCUCCCAAAACCUAAGCCACGACCUACCCAGGACUCCCCCCGUCCCCCAAGCAGACCCCCUGAGCCAGCGCCCGCGGGUGGAUCGCCGCGGCAACCCCGAAGUGGAGAUGAACGCCCAAGGGGGGGAGAUACUGAACGAGGAGGAUCUCAACCGGGAUUGGCUGGACUGGGUGUACACGUUUUCCCGGGCCGCCGUCUUACUUAGUAUCGUGUACUUUUACUCGUCCUUCAGCCGCUUUCUCAUGGUGAUGACGGCCAUGCUGGUGCUUUACCUUCACCAGGCCGGCUGGUUUCCCUUCAACCUCGAAAAUGAACUGCAGCUUCCUGGAGAAAAUCAGGAAGAGAUGGAGGCAGAGCUACAGAACAAUGACCUCCAUGGAAUGGAACACGUUGCAGACGACAGCUCCGACGAUGAUGAAGGCGGGGAAAGCGGAGAGGAAGGCGCAGAGGACCCGAACGGCGUCAUCCCCCAAACGGGCAUCCUGUCCUCCAUGUGGGCAUUUAUCAUCACCUUUUUCAUGUCGCUCAUUCCCGAGGGAGCGCAAAAUGCUGCCAACUGAGCUGGACUUCUUUGUCAUUUCACCAUAAAUGGCUUCAAUAUAAAGCGGCGAGCUGCUCUGCUUGUUUUUGGCUGAAAAUUGUAAUGUGAAGAAUGGACGUUGGAUCGAUGGAUGGAUGGAUGGAUGGUGGUGCCAUGUUAGCUUAGUCUGACCCACUCGUCUCGAAUGUAUUCCAAAUGCAUCAGCAGACACAAUGAGUAACACUAAUACAACUCGACACGGUAAACGGA